AUGUCCUCACGCCGUGCCCUCUUGGCGAGCUCUCGCCUGGUCUGCCCAAGCUGCUCCCGCGCCGCUCGCAACCAGCUUCGGCGGUCCUAUUCCACCAAAAGCGACCAAAUCUACGAUGUAGUCUGCGUCGGGGGCGGGCCGGCCGGGCUGAGCCUUCUCACAGCACUUCGAUCCAACCCAGUCACGUCCCAGCUGCGCGUCGCCCUCGUCGAAGCUCAAGAUCUAUCCAAAACAGCUUCCUUUUCCCUCCCGCCUACCCAGUUCUCGAACCGAUGCAGCUCCCUCACGCCCACCUCGGCCCAGUUCCUCAACUCCAUCGGUGCGUGGUCACACAUGAAGCGCGAGCGCAUACAGGAAUACCACGAGAUGCAGGUCUGGGACGGCGUGUCGGACGCGCGCAUCGAGUUCGACUGGCCUCCUGGCUCCGGCGCCGAAAAGACGAUUGCGUACAUGACGGAGAACCUGAACCUCACCUCCGGCUUGCUGAGGAGGCUGGAAGAGCUGGGGCGCGUCGACGUCUUCGACAACUCCAAGGUGGACAAGAUUGAGCUCGGGGAGGAAACGGAGGACCUGGACCUCAGGGAGUGGCCCGUCGUCCAUCUCGCGGGCGGCAAGACCCUGGCUGCGCGGCUCCUUGUGGGUGCUGACGGCGCAAAUAGCCCUGUCCGGUCCUUUGCCGGCAUUGAGAGCCGUGGCUGGGACUACGCCCGGCACGGCGUCGUGGCGACCCUUGAGCUGGAAGGCGACGGGUGGGGGGGCUCUUCUCGCAAGAUUGCCUACCAGCGCUUCCUCCCGACCGGCCCGGCUGCCAUGCUCCCCAUGCCCGGCAAGUACGCCACGCUGGUGUGGUCGACGACGCCCGAGAACGCAUCUCUGCUCAAGAAGCUGCCCGCCAAGGACUUCAUCGCCAUGGUCAACGCGGCGUUCCGCCUCAGCGCCGUCGACCUUGCGUACAUGCACACCAGACCCGAGGGCCAGGAGGACGAGUAUUCCUGGAGAAUGCAGCACACACCCAUGGACCCCGAGGCCGUUCCCCAGGCCGUCGUCGGCGUGCAGCAAGGCUCCGUCGCGUCCUUCCCGCUGAAGCUCCGACACGCAGACUCCUACAUCAGCGAGCGCGUGGCCCUCGUCGGCGAUGCCGCGCACACCGUUCACCCGCUGGCCGGCCAGGGCCUCAACCAGGGCCAGGGCGAUGUCCAGAGCCUGGUCAAGGCUAUUGAGUACUCGGUGGCCCACGGCCAGGACCUGGGAACGCAGCUGUCCCUCGAGGCUUACAACAGCGAGCGCUACGCCGCCAACCACGUCCUCCUCGGCGUGUGUGACAAGCUUCACAAGCUUUACUCGGUGGGCAGCGGCCCGCUGGUUCCGCUAAGGUCUGUUGGCCUGCGGGCCGUCAAUGCCCUUUCGCCCCUCAAGACAUUCUUCAUGCAACAGGCGUCUGGCACGGGCGUCAAGGUCGUGUAG